AUGGAGAGGAAAGAGAUCGAAAGUGGUUGUGAACGACUUAAAGAACAUGAAAAUUCUAUUGAACAUAUAACUAAUAUGAACUCUUGGAAGGAAUUAAAAAUGAGAUUAGAUAAAAAUGAAACAAUUGAUAAAGAUCUACAACGAGAAAUUUCUAAAGAAAGAGAGCGUUGGAGACAAAAACUAUAUCAAGAAAGUAAUGGAAAUUUUUUAGGGUUGAUUGAAAUGAUUGCUGAAUUUGACGUUGUGAUGCAAGAUCAUAUUAGACGCAUUCAAAAUAAUGAAAUUCAUUAUCAUUAUCUUGGUCAUAAAAUUCAGAAUGAGUUGAUUUCUCUUUUAGCCGAUAAUGCACUUGAUCUUAGUAUUGAAAAUAUUAGAGGUCAAGGUUACGAUAAUGGUUCUAAUAUGAAAGGAAAACACCAAGGAGUUCAAAAGAGAUUGCUUGAAAUAAACCCAAGAGCGUUAUACAUGUCAUGUGCUUGUCAUAGUCUUAAUUUGACUCUUAGUGAUAUGGCACAUUCUUGUGUUAAAUUACAAUCAAAAUCUAUGUGCAUUGAUUCUGCUAUGAAACAAUUAGAUGGUAUAAUAUCAUAUUUUGAAAAAUAUAGGAAUGAUGGUUUUGCAACAAAUGUUGAGUUAGAUGAUUUGUUUACAGAAUUAAAAAUACUACAACUAACUUUACCAAAUGAGAUAAUGUCGGCAGUUGAUAUUCUUAAUUUUGUAAAAAAUAUAGAUUGUUAUCCAAAUGUUGCAAUUGCUUAUAGAAUAUUGUUAACUAUGCCUGUUACCGUAGGAUCAGCUGAAAGAAGUUUCUCAAAAUUAAAAUUACUAAAAACAUACAUGAGAUCAACGAUGUCGCAAGAGAGAUUGAAUGGAUUAGUUAUCCUCUUCGAAGUCAAGGUGAUGGAUACUGAUGACAUAGUGCUCCCAUUGAUCGUUGGACUUCUUGUCAGUGAAACCUGUAACUAUAGCAAUGUCAGUGCCGAGCUAGGGAGGGGUUCCCUGGCGAUGACCCUCUGA